GAGAUCUCAAGGUCCGUGGAACUGAAACAGCUGCGAGAGGGAGGCAGGGGUGCGGCAAAGCCACAGGAUUGGGGGGUGGGGUCCGCUUCUCCGCCCUCCCUUCUCCGCUCCUCUCUGGCCGCUCUGAGGCUUCCCCGUGCCCAUGGCCUUCUCUUUCUAUGACUCAUCAGCGCGCACCGGGCUGUUGCUUCCAAAGACAAAUGGAAGACAUAGCGGCUCUGAGAAGAGUGGAACUCGAACCCAGGUCCCCUCUCCCCCGAACCCCCUGCACCCCUACACAUACCGGAUCCCAGCCGGCCCUUUCUGUCUGUGCUGGGGCGGCCCGGGCGAGCCCCGCCCCGCGGGCGCACGUGGCCCCCAGCUGACCCGGCGGGAGGCGGAGCGGGCGGGCGGCACACACAGCACUUUCCGGGGCUCUGACCGGACCGGGACCGCCGGCCGAGCGCUGAGCCUGAGCCGGGAGAGAGGCACCAUGCUGGAGGCGCCAGCCGCGCCGCCUGCGGAGCCGGGCCCCAGCCCCGUGCCCGCCUUCCUGGGCAAGCUGUGGGCGCUGGUGGGGGACCCGAGCACAGACCACCUGAUCCGCUGGAGCCCGAGCGGGACCAGUUUCCUCGUCAACGACCAGAGCCGCUUCGCCAAGGAGGUGCUGCCCCAGUACUUCAAGCACAGCAACAUGGCGAGCUUCGUCCGGCAGCUCAACAUGUACGGCUUCCGGAAGGUGCUGAGCAUCGAGCAGGGAGGCCUGCUCCGGCCCGAGCGCGACCGCGUGGAGUUCCAGCACCCGAGCUUCGUGCGCGGCCGCGGGCAGCUGCUGGAGCGCGUGCGGCGCAAGGCGCCCGCGCUGCGCGGUGAGGACGGCCGCUGGCGCCCCGAGGACCUGGGCCGGCUGCUGGGCGAGGUGCAGGCUCUGCGGGGAGCGCAGGAGAGCGCGGAGGCGCGGCUGCGGGAGCUCAGGCAGCAGAACGAGAUCUUGUGGAGGGAGGUGGUGACUCUGCGGCAGAGCCAGGGCCAGCAGCACCGGGUCGUGGGCAAGCUGAUCCAGUGUCUCUUUGGGCCACUCCAGGCUGGGUCCAGCAACCCAGGAGCUAAGAGGAAGCUGUCCCUGAUGCCGGAUGAGGGGAGCUCAUGCCCAACACCCGCCAAACUGAGUGCCUGCCCGCUCCCCGGUGCCCUCCUGCAGGACCCCUACGUUAUCCAGGCGCCCCUCCCAGAGACCCCCUUGGGCCUCGGCAGUCCUCCCAGGGCCAGGGGCCCCAUCAUCUCUGACAUCCCAGAAGGCUCUCCAGCCCCUGAAGGCCGCAGGCUUCCUCCCUCCCCCGUUGGCAGGAGGGACAACAGCCAGGCGCUGCUCAAAGAAGAGCCAGCCAGCCCGGGAGUGGACAGCCAGGCUGGCCAGGCCCUGGCCCCACACGAGUGUGGGUUCUGUGUGACAGCCCCACCACCGCUGCCUGUGGCUGUGGUGCAGGCCAUCCUGGACGGGAAAGGGAGCUUCAUGCCCGAGGGGCCCAGGAGUGCCCCACAGCCUGAGCCGAGGGGGCCCAGGGAGGUACCUGACAGGGGGCCUCUGGGCCUGGAGAGCAGGGGCCAGAGCCCAGAGAGCCUGCUGCCUUCAGUGCUACUUCGGGCCCUCCCUGACGGUGUGGAGCCUGCGGGGCCCCUGCAUGUGCUGGGCCCCAGCCUCCAAGGGCGGGAAUGGACCCUGAUGGACUUGGACAUGGAGCUGUCCCUGAUGCAGCCCUUGGUUCCAGAGAAGGGUGAGACGGAACUGGCCGUCAAGGGGUUAAAUUCUCCAGGCUCAGGGGAGGACUCUGCUCUUGGGACACCCCUCCUGCUGGACGCGCAGGCGGCUCUGGGAGGCCCAGCUCUCGGCCUGCCUGGAGCUGAACCCAUUUCCAGCCCCGCUGAGAGCCGGGCCUCCUACCUGGGUCCUCGGGCUGAUCCCUCCUCCCCCUGAGCUUCUAGUCUGAAGCCAGCCUGGCUGAGGGCUGCCUGCAGCCUCACGCCCUCCCGCGGCCCCUGGCGGAGGCUGAGCCGAGACUCUGCUACUCAGAGGCCCCCUCCCACUGCAGCACCAAGUUAUGCACAUAAACCGCAUUUUUUUUCUGUG